CCUCUGUAUUCCCAGGACUGUCCAGAGGAGAAGGUCCCAGAGAACCCUCAGAUGACCAAUCAGGGGGAACAUCUAAUUAUUAUUAAAGUAGAGGAUGAAGAAGAGAGGAUGAUGGGCGAUCCCCCGUGUAAGAGUGAGCUGGAGGAGGACGUUCCAGGAGAUGUCACCACAGAAAGUCUCUGUAAGAAUUCUGAGGGAAACUUCAUGUUAUCACUAAAUUAUAAAGCAGAAGAUGAAGACAUCAUGGAUCACUCUUCAGGAGAAAACCUCAUUAUACUUAAUAUGCAUCCAGGACUUCACAGUACAGCUUUAUCAUAUUAUCCCACUAAUCUUGAGGAACCUUCUCCUUUCCAAUCAGAGAUUGUUACAACAAGUACAGAUCAGAAAGGCUGUGAAAUCUCAGGUCUUUCUACAAACAGAAGAACUCACACAGUAGAGAAACCAUACUCCUGUUCAGAAUGUGGAAAAUGUUUUAAAGAUAAAUCACAUCUUGUUAUACAUGAGAGAAGUCACACAGGAGAGAAACCAUAUUCAUGUUCAGAAUGUGGGAAAUUUUUUACAGAUAAAUCACAUCUUGUUAGACAUAAGAGACGUCAUACAGGAGAGAAGCUACAUUCAUGUUCAGUAUGUGGAAAAUGUUUUGCAGAUAAAUCACAUCUUGCUACACAUGAGAGAAUUCACACAGGAGAGAAGCCGUUUUCAUGUUCAGAAUGUGGACAAUAUUUUACACAAAAAGCAAGUCUUUUUAAACAUCAAAGAUAUCACACAGGAGAAAAGCCAUUUUCAUGUUCAGAAUGUGGGAAAUGUUUUGCACAAAAAUACAAUCUUGUUGAACAUCAGAGAAUUCACACAGGGGAGAAGCUGUAUUCAUGUUCAGAAUGUGGGAAAUGGUUUACACAAAAAUCAAGUCUUGUUAGACAUCAAAGAUGUCACACAGGUGAAAGGCCAUACUCAUGUUCAGAAUGUGGAAAUUGUUUUAUAUAUAAAUCACAACUUAUUAUACAUGAGAGAAGUCACACAGGAGAGAAGCCAUACUCCUGUUCAGAAUGUGGGAAAUGUUUUAGACAAAAAUCAGAUUGUGUUAUACAUGAGAGAAUUCACACAGGAGAGAAGCCAUAUUCUUGUUUAGAAUGUAAGAAAUAUUUUACACAGAAAUCACAUUUUAUUAGACAUCAGAGAUUUCACGCAGGAGACAAGCCAUAUUCAUGCUCAGAAUGUGGAAAAUGUUUUAUAUAUAAAUCAUAUCUUGUUAUACAUGAGAGAAUUCACACAGGAGAGAAGCCUUAUUCAUGUUCAGAAUGUGGAAAAUGUUUUACAGAUAACUCACAUUUUCUUAGACAUCAGAGAUUUCACAAAGGAGAGAAGCCAUAUUCAUGUUCAGAAUGUGGGAAAUGUUUUAGAGAAAAAUCAGAUCUUAUUACACAUGAGAGCGGUCACACAAGAGAGAUGCCAUUUUCAUGUUCAGAAUGUGAGAAAUGUUUUACACGGAAAUCAGAUCUUGUUAAACAUCAGAGAUUUCACAAAGGGGAGAAGCCAUAAUAAUGUUCAAAAUGUAGGAAAUAUUUUAGAGGAAAUUCAUAUCUUGUUACACAUGAUAG